AUGAGGGCUGGUGGACGACAGUCCCUUUGUCUCCCAGCCCUGGGUGGACAAAGGGGCUUCCGGAAAGAGAGAAAGAGGAUGGCCAGCGGAAAUGGGCUCCCUCCAUCCUCAGCCUUGGUGGCCAAGCGUCCCUCCGCCCUGGGGCCAUUCCCCAGAUAUGUCUGGAUCCACCAGGACACACCCCAGGAUAGUUUAGACAAGAUUUGCCAUGACAUCUGGAAGAGAGUUCAGGGCUUGCCGGAGUCCCUGCAGCCCAGGACCUCACUGGAGAAACACGCUGCUCCCGUGACCACUGCUGUCCACUUCCAAGAAGAAGCUUUGGAACUGAGCGGUGGCAAGGAUGAGAUCUCCCUGCUGGUGGAGCAAGAGUUCUUAAGCCUCACUAAAGAACAUCUCAUCUUGGUCCAAGAGGGCUCUGGGGAGCUGGCGACACCUAUUGUUACUCCCCAGGGGACACGAGAGCUGGCUCCCUGCUUUCUUGUGCCUCCUCUUGGGGCAGACAGCGAUGAGUAUGCAGGAUCCUCCAUAAUGGCUGAUGACAAGCUUUGGGAGCAGAAGCUGUCCAUGCCCAUCAUUGAGAGCAGGCAGGACUCCGAUUCUGCCAUGUCUACAGUUACCGGCAUCCUGCACGAGGCCAAGGUCAAGAGUGUCAAGGGGACAAAGGAUGAAGGCCAUAGCCUGGGUACCUCUAAUUCAGAGAUCAGCAAGCUCCUGGCCCAGUUCCCACUGAAGUCAACUGAAAUGUCCAAGGCCCCAGACAACAAAAUGGUGCUGGAAGAAACCAAGGUCAUUAAGGACUUCCUGCAGAAUAGCAUGUUCAAUGGCUCCGGACCCCAGGAGCCCAUGGGGCUGGGCCCAUUCCUGCUGCUGCCACCCCCACCUCCUCCUGCACGCCCUGACAAGCUCCCUGACUUCUCUCCUUCCAAGAGGCAGCUCCCGGUGUUUGCCAAGAUCUGCUCCAAGACUGAGGCUGACCCCGCUCUUGAGGGCCACCACUGGAUUGAACGGAGCCCUGGCACAAAAGAGCUGACCAAAAGUCGAGAGAGCCUCUUUCUCAACCAGUGGCCCCAGAACCGGAAGGACACCUGUGGUGAGGAGGGUCACAGUGACUCAGUGGGCACCAUCUCCAUGACUCUGCCAACCAAGAAGCCUGUGUGGCCAGGAGAGAAGAACCUGCUCUAUGAGAUCUUUGGGGCCACCAAGAACCCCAGUGGGCAGCUGAGGCUUCGAACCAAAGUGGAUAUGGACGGGCUAGAUCUGAAAUUUAACUCCCCUACAAUGGUGCCUGAAAAGAACAACAUUAAGUACGCUGGCAAUGUCUUUGCCCCACGCUUCACCACAGCCUUGACCUCGACCACCCUGAACCAGCCUCUCUGGCUCAACCUGAACUGUCCACCUCCACCGGUGUUUUCUAGCCACUCUACCUUCCCACAGUACCAGGGCCUGUACCCACAGCGGUCAACAAGGAUGCCCUACCAGCAGCCCGUUCACCCUCCACUGGGGUGCUACUCUCGACAGGUGACACCGUACAACCCACAGCAGAUGGGACAGCAAAUUUUCCGCUCUUCCUACACCCCACUGAUGAGCUACAUCCCCUUCGUCCAGACCAACUAUCCAUAUCCUCAGAGGACCCCCCAGAAGCUGCCUGCCAAUCCCAGAGACCCUCCCCCGAUGGCAGGAGAUGGGCCUCCGUACCUCUUCCCCCAGGGAUACGGGUUCAACUCGGCGCCCCUGAUCAACAGCCCCUAUUUUUCCUCCAGUGGGAAUGGCAUACGCUUUUAGACUUCUCUCUCUCUCUCCCCC